GUUAGAGAGAGAGAGAGAGAGAGAAGAGAGACAGAGAAAGAUGUCGGCCUCGGGGGUGACCCAGCAAAAUGAGGAGGAGAAGAAGCCGAACGAUCAGUCCGCCCACAUCAACCUGAAGGUCAAGGGUCAGGAUGGGAAUGAAGUCUUUUUCAGGAUCAAAAGGAGCACUCAGCUGAAGAAGCUCAUGAAUGCCUACUGUGACAGGCAGUCUGUGGAGAUGAACUCGAUUGCGUUCUUGUUUGAUGGACGCCGUCUGCGAGGAGAGCAGACUCCUGAUGAGCUAGAGAUGGAGGAUGGAGAUGAGAUCGACGCGAUGUUGCACCAGACUGGCGGAGCUGGGACUUUGACUUAAGCUCCUCUUACUGAAACUCUGUGGCCUGUACAUAUGUUAUGCUAUGUGAAAGUACCUGUGGUUAACAUGACCAGUGAGGAAAAAUACGGUGCUGGAGACUUUACCUUAUGAGCCUUUUCUAGUAGGCGUCUUUACUAGGACUUGUUCCCCUAACUUUAUAUUAACCUGGUCGGUCAUUCUGAAUCUCUGAUAGUAGGAAGACUUUUAUGGCUAGUGCUUUUUUCA